GUCUCGACCUCUACAUCAACAACAACCAAACCUUCCACCUCUUGCACUCACAACGAGCAAAAUGGCAUCUGGCAAUUGGAUGAGUGGACGGAAAAUGGGGCUCGGAGAGGCAUAUUCCAGAGCGGAUGAUAAUGCGGAGUUCAUAAGGACGUUCAAAAAACCGGAGACUGAACUCUCGCGGCGACUUGCCAGGGCUAGGAGCGCGUCGAAUUCAAGUACGGAUGUUGCAGGCGCAACAGAAAGUCGCAUACCCAGAUCAACAGCCUAUUCACCGGGUUCUUCGUUGGUUAAGUCGAGUCCUCCAAAAAGUUUGAAGGGUGCAUACGCGCGCGCGGAGGCAGAGGAACAAGUAAAGAUUGAUGCGCGUCUUGCUAGAGAGCGCGCUGAGAUGGAACGCGCAGAUAGAGAGCUUGCAGAGAGAGAGGCGCGUGCAGAGAGAGAGCGUACUGAGGGAGAGCAAAGGCUUGCAGAGGCUCUGGGACCAGUCGAGUACGAGAGCGAGUCUACGGGUCCAAGAGCAACGAGCCCGAGUCCAACAGCGCGUCCAGCAUACUUGCAGCAUGCCAGGCCAAGCAGCUCAAGGAGCAGUAGUAGCGGCUCUGUGGGAAGCGGUUACAACUACCCACCACGGGAUCCAGCCAAGGAAGCACAGUGGGACGCGACCAGAAUCCGUAACCAAGAAAGAGCAGAGCGCAUGAAGAGGAUUAUGGCUAAGACAGGACCAAUCUAUUUGAGCGAUAGAAGUCGGCACAACGAGAGCAAAAUCGCGGAGGCCAAGGCUAUAUUGGAGAAAAAGGCUGCUGCUGAAGCAGCAGGCCAAGAAUGGGUCCCUCCUCCAUCAUCCUUUGGUUUCAAAUCACGAAGGACGGAAGCUUGGAUGAGAAGGAUACUGAAUCCCAACGAUCCUCUUUUAGCUACCUUCGAUCCUCCAGCUUCAUCUUCAUCCAACAGCGAUGUACCACGACGUGCAUCGGCAGACAUCCCUCGUCCUUCCGUGGAGGUUGGCCCCUCAGCCCAACCCACACCACCAUCUUCACGACCAAGCUCAGCCCAGCCCAGCAACAGCUCUCCAGAGAAGAGCAAAAUGUGGAACGCUGAUAUCGAUUUUACAGCACAUUCACUUCAAGAAUCUACAAGCCCACUGCUUCGAGUAAAGACCUCGAAGCUUGAUGAUAUACGACAGAGAGAAAUCAACAGCUUGACAGCCCGAGCUGUCGCUACCAACAGAUUGGAGGAGAUCCGGGAGCGCAACACUGAAGAGAGAUCAAUCCUCUCUGAGUCAUCCAGAGUCAACUCCAGACAAACAACGCCUGCACCUAAAGAACCUCAAGAAGAGGUCUAUCAUGAGAGAACCAUCCUCGAAGAGGAGGGUGAGCACAUCCCAAAUACACCAAUCACCAUAUUCACAAAAGGGCAUUAUCGACCCAGCAGCAGCAGCAGUUCAGCUGAGUCAAACCAGGACCCUGAAAAGAUGCGUGAGGAGUCUUUUGAAGCCAUAAGAUUGUUGGCACGGAAGAUGAGUCCUGGUCUGCAACGAGCAGAGAAACUCGUGGAAGAGUUCAAGGAGGACAAAGCGUCUCGAGAUGAUCAAGAGAAGGAAAAUGGUACAGAGGUGCCAGUGAGGACUGAGAGAGCUGGACCAACCGAGAAGUCAGAAGUGUCAGAAAUUGAGGAGAAGAAAGAGUCACGACCAGCAAGGGUCAAUGAACAACGGACCAAGUCAUCAGAGAGACAUGAAGGAAAGGAGAAUGAGAACCCAUUAGGAGAAAGAAAGAACCAAUUCAAAAGGCGUGGCUUGGACGUCGACAAUGAGAUGAAACGCCGUAGCACUACCAGCUCACCACCGAAAUCAGAUGUUGAUCCUGAAGAACGCAUCACAGCUGAAGCGAAGCUAUUCGAGCUCCCAGACAACAAAUCUGAACGCAACUCUAUUCGAGUACCCUCACGAUCACCAUCACCUUCAGAUGAUGGAAAGUGCGAUGAGACGCCACGGCCAAAGGCAGACCCAUUGUCACUUCCCACUCCGAAAGUCACCGGUGCAUAUAUUGAAACACCAGCUCCUUCCAUGCGCAAGCCACGGAAGUCACGGUCUAUUUCACCUAGCUAUGAGAUGGUCAACGAGGUCAACGAGGUCAACGAUCUUCCGACAGCAUCAAACAACAACUCACAACGGAGCAGCCGCAGAAAUUCCGCUGCUCGCGACGAAGAACAUGCUCAACAAACAUCACGCAACGCACCAUCACAACCAGAAAUCACGAAGCAACGAUCUAAGCCCCGAACUUCACGAUCCGCAAUUAUUAACACUGCGACUCCUGCUUCGGUUGCAAACGACCUACGAUCUAUCGCAAUGGACGAGCAAUACGAAGACUCCACUCUGGAUGACUUCGAGAACAUGCUCGAGAGCGACGCUACUACACACCUCAAUAACACGACUAUCCUCGCACCCAUCAUCGAUCUCGAAUACGAUGAACGCGGUCAUCCUCUAUCAGCAGAAGAACGGGAACGACGCAUUGAAUGUCUUCGCCUUGACAGAAUGAAUCAACAACUCAAGAACACCUCCUUUAGCAUUCGGGAUGCUAAGCACGGCAUCGAACGGCUGGAACACCAAGUCGCAUCUGCCGGCUAUACUUCUACUCCCUACCUCAGCGACCAGGCGUACAUUCACAUCAAUAUCAAGAUACCAGUCCCUCGGCUCAUCGUCGCGACCCCCAUUGAUCAAGACCAAGGUCGCUUUGGAUGGAGACGUACCUGGAGGUUCACCUGGAUUGGUCUCAUUCUAUUCCUCUUCGGCGCGUGGUACGUUGCAGAGUCUGCCAUGUGCAGUGUCUAUUGUCAUCCGAAGCAAUCAUCACGCAACACUUGGCAGCCAAGUGAUCCCUUCUUCCCUUGGGCAAUCCCGACGAAGGUGAAUCAAUGGACCGGAGAUGUUGGUGGCAAUGUACUACGCAACGUGUUACAAUGGAUGGACUUCGACUUGCGAGGCAGGAACCGGUACAUGGGUGCGAACGACUGGUGGGAGGGAAGGGGCGGGCCAGCGCCCAUUAUGCGGACAGACGGUGGUAUUUUUGAAGAUGACGAAUAUGUUUAAAUGAAUCAUUGGGCUCUGGUACAUUGGCGUUUGGGUAGUACAUUGAAAAGGAGUUUGGACAUUAGCAUCAGAUACCCUGUAUUUUUAGUGAAUUCACACCUAAGAAGCGCAAGUUCGGUGUGGAGAAGUAGUUAGAAGUGCAUAACUCCUACUUCAAAAAUAAAGUUUUCA